GACAGUUACUUCUGCAGAAGGUCAGAGACCUGAUAAACCAGACAUUAUAGUUUCAGUCAGUCAGCUGGUGGAUUUCCUCUCAGUGAUUCACCUGUGAUCCAUCUGUGGGAAUCUGUCCGCCGUCUGCUGUUUGUUAGGCCAUGGGGAAAUGCUGCAGAGUCAGCAGGCUGUGCAUUCUGUUUGUGGUCUUAGCCCUGGUCUCCGUAGCAACCAUUGUUACUUUGUGGACUCUUGCCCUGACAGGAGACUAUUUCACAGCUCCGUGGGACAGCUAUCGGCUGCCCACUGCUUUGGUCCCUGUCUCUUACAACAUCACCCUGUGGCCUCGUCUCAGGCCUGACCCAAACACCGGCCUCUACAUCUUUACAGGACACUCCACUGUGGAGUUUGAGUGUGUGGAUGAAACAGAACUGAUCCUGAUCCACUCCAACAAACUCAGCUACACCAAACUGAACAAUGCACACAUUGUCAGUCUCAUCGCUUCAGGUGGUGGGUCUGCUCCCAGUAUUGUGUCCUCCUGGAUGCAGCCUAAGACCCAGUAUCUCAUCACCCAGCUGAACAAUAAAUUAACUCAGGGACAGAAGUAUCAGCUGUACACUGAGUUCACUGGAGAACUAGCUGAUGACUUAGCAGGUUUUUAUAGGAGUGAAUAUCAAGAAGAUGGGGUCCGGAAGAUUGUUGCAACCUCUCAGAUGCAUCCAACUCACGCCAGAAAAGUCUUCCCUUGUUUCGAUGAGCCAGCAAUGAAAGCUGUUUUCUAUAUUACUCUCAUUCACCCUCCUGGAACUGUAGCCCUGUCCAAUGGCAUGGAGAAAGAAAUUGUUAACACUACUAUUGAUGGAAUUGCUGUGACAAAGACCAAGUUUGAGCCCACCAAGAAAAUGUCAACCUAUCUUCUGGCCAUCAUCAUCUCUGACUACACACACCUCAGUUAUUCACAAGGAGACACUCUGAUUCGUAUCUGGGCUCGCAGGACGGCCAUCGAGCAGGGACAGGGACAUUACGCCCUCAAUGUGACUGGACCUGUACUAGAUUUCUUCCAGUUGUACUAUAACAUCUCCUACCCUCUGAGCAAGUCAGAUCAAAUCGCUCUACCAGACUUCUACUUUGGUGCUAUGGAGAACUGGGGUUUGGUGACGUACAGAGAGACUAAGCUUCUCUAUGACCCUUUGACCUCCUCCAACAGAAAUAAAGAGACCACCGCAACCAUCAUUGCUCAUGAAUUAGCACACAUGUGGUUUGGUAACCUGGUGACCUUGCAGUGGUGGAAUGAGGUCUGGCUGAAUGAGGGCUUUGCUUCAUAUGUGUCGUACUUGGGAGCAGACCACGCUGAACCCGCAUGGAACGUGAAAGACUUGAUAAUACUUGAUGAGGUCCACAGAGUGUUUGCAGUCGAUGCCUUGACUUCCUCUCAUCCUUUGUCUUCUAAAGAAGACAGUAUCAUCCUCCCAGACCAGAUUAGUGAGCAGUUUGAUGUCAUCUCAUACAGUAAGGGUGCAGCAGUGCUGAGGAUGCUGUCUGAUUUUUUGUCAGAGCCAGUCUUUGUCCAGGGACUCAGUAGAUACCUCAGUCACUUUGCUUAUAGUAACACAGUAGGGAAUGACUUAUGGAACCAUCUACAAAUGGCAGUGGAAGCCAAUAAUGUUUCACUUCCUCGUCCAGUUAAUGACAUCAUGAACUGCUGGGUGCUCCAGAUGGGCUUCCCUGUGGUUACCAUAGAUACUACCACUGGAAAGGUUUCCCAGAAGUACUUUCUGCUGGAUCCAGAGUCUAAUAUCAAAGUCAAAUCACCUUACAACUAUGAGUGGCUAAUUCCUGUUAGGUGGAUGAAGUCUGGUGAGGUCCAGAGAGAUAUCUGGUGGCUGAUGGAAAAGGAAGCUGUAAACUUGGAGAUGUGCAAUGAUAGUUUGUGGGUUCUGGCCAACAUUAAUAUAACUGGAUAUUACAGAGUGAACUAUGACCAUGGAAACUGGGAACGCCUCAUCACUCAGCUUAACUCAGAACACCAGGUUAUACCGGUGAUAAACAGAGCCCAGCUUAUGGAUGAUGCUUUCAAUCUGGCCAGGGCUCAGCUGGUCUCCACUACUCUCGCUCUGAAGACAACCUCCUACUUGUUGAUGGAGACAGAGUACAUACCCUGGCAAUCUGCUCUGGAUAAUCUACACUAUUACUACCUUAUGCUGGACUGUACUGAAGUCUAUCAGCCUAUGCAGGACUACAUAAAGAAGCUGGUGACUCCCCUCUUCCUGUACUUCAAGAACAUGACAUCAAACUGGACCCAUAUUCCUGACAGACUCACUGACCAGUAUAACCAGGUGAAUGCUAUCCGUAUGGCCUGCAGGACCGGAGUAACAGAAUGCCAGGACUUGACCACUACAUGGUUCAAACAAUGGAUGGACAGCCCUCAAGAAAAUCUGAUUGAUCCCAACUUGCGGUCAGCAGUUUACUGCAGUGCCAUGGCGGCAGGCGGUGAGGCAGAGUGGGAGUUUGGCUGGUGGCAGUUCCAGGGUUCUUCAGUUGCCAGCGAGGCCAGCAAACUCAUGUCUGCACUGGCCUGUACCAAAAACAAAACACUGCUGGAAAGGUAUCUGUCUUACACCUUAAACCCAGCUAUGAUUCGUAAGCAGGACGCCACUUCUGUCAUCACAUCAGUCGCCAGCAACAGAGUGGGACACAGUCUGGCAUGGGACUUUGUCAGGAAACAGUGGGAGUACAUGUUCACACAAUAUGGUGUGGGCUCUUUCUCCUUUGCCUCUAUGAUCAGUGAGGUCACAGCACGGUUCUCCACAGAGGCUGAGCUACAGCAGCUGGAGGAGUUUGUGGAGGAGAACAGUGCAGUCGGAUUUGGCUCUGCCACAUUGGCUGUGAAGCAGGCAGUGGAGAGGACUAAAGCUAACAUCAAAUGGCUGCACCAGAACAAACAAGAGAUCCUGGACUGGUUCAACAGUCAGAUUCAGGCAUAGAGAGCGAGCUGCGAGCUGUGACUGAUCUCCCAAGAAAAAUGUCAGAAACUUGGAGCUACUGAUGAAGAGAAACCAGAGAGUUCACAGGAAUUAAACAGGGAAGACAAAAUGGAGAGUACAGUUGAGCAUCUUCAUUUCUAUAGUAACAGUUAUAUGUCAUAAAGCUAGUCCUAUAAAUUGUAUCUGUUAUGAACAGUCCUGGGUCAGCUUUGACCUUCUGUACCUGCUAAGUACAAUACAGUACAAUAUGUAUGUGUCAAGAACUCAAACCACAAACUCAAUAGCACAACUCAGAGGCGAGGCAAGUGUAGAUAAGACAUAGAGACAAACAACCAUUCACACUCACAUUCACACCUACAGACAAUUUAGAGUCAAACUGCAUAACCUGCAUGUCUUUGGACUCUUUGAAUAUCAUUGCACUCAUCAUCUACCAUUCUUUCAGACCCCCCUCUUCACCAUCACCACCACUAUAACCGUCAUGAUGUUGACAGACACUUGCUGCUAACUGAUUUUAGAACAGUGCUUUGAGACUAAAUAAAAUCCACAUUCUUAUAAAUCUAAACUAUCCUAAACUGUCAGAGAGUAAAUUAUAUAUCUCUGUAAUAUAAUAUAACAAUAGAGAUGGCAUCAUAGUCACAGAAAUACAAACACACAUCAGCCAGUGCAGUGUUCUGUAGUUUUGUUCCUGAUGGUUAAACUCUGUUGACCACUUGGUGAAUGUGCUAUUGUGUUUAUGAUUAACCUUGUGAGUCCCUCUGUACAUUUUUUUUUUUUUUCAGUUGAAACUACUCAAUAAUUUUGCCCCUGUUAGUGGCAAGGAUUUCAGUUUUUCUAUCAAAAUUUAAAAUUCAACCUUCGAUCUAAUAAUAGGGCUAUAACACACUGUGUAGAAGGAAAAGUUCCACCUUUUACCCUCUGGACAUUUUUUGCACCAUUGACUCCCAUUAUUAGAUACAUUUUUUAUCCUACUCUAAUUUUAGCAUAAAACAGUGUUUUACACAUGACUACCUUUUCAAUCUAAGCUUUUGGCUUUUUUCAAUUAUCCAUUAUAUGAUGUCAUUUUGGUUGAGGGCUCCAUUAUAUGCUGUUUCACUGAGGCCUUUUUCUGUUGUAUUUCUGACUAUUGCUUGGUAACAGAAUACAUGAUUGCAACUAAAA